CCAUUAUAGUAUCAGUGUUCUCCACAAGAUUUUUUUUAAAGGGUGCAAAAUUCUCAUUUUCACAAUUCAGACCAAAAUUGUCAAAAUAUGCACAAAAUAUUUUUCAUGAUUUUCUAAUUUUCAAGUGGGUGCAAAUGGAUUUUCAAGUGGCUGCAAGCCCGUUUUAAAAAUCUCAAGUGGGUGCUGCACCCACUUGCUUUCAUACUGGGAAGAUCACCAAGUAUAGUAUCCCACAAAUAUGUCAGAACUGAAAAAACCAAUUCCGAACAACCCUAUUAUAUGCCGUUUCCAAGGACGUCUCACAUACAUUGGUCAACCUUGUUCAUAUUGCAAUGCGACAGACCACCCACAUUCUAAAUGUCCAAGAAAGCCAACAUGGCGACCUAGGUGCUUUAGAUGUAAUUUGGAAGGUCAUCUAUCGAAAUAUUGCGGAAAUCCCAUACAGUGCCAUCGGUGCGGCGAACAGGGGCACGCAAGAUCAGACUGUAAGGUGAAUAUUGAGGUCAACCAUAUUCAUUUCGAGGCGACUGGAAAAGAAGAUCAAGAUGAAGUGGAGGCAGAGAAUGAUAGUGAAGAUGAGAGUGCAGUGAACACAUUAGUGGUAGGAGAUUCAAACGUGCGGGAAAUGGUGUUCGAUGAUGAAUUAGUGGAAAGAAAAUUCAAAAGUGGAACUAAUAUUAGUGAUAUUACGGAUGUAUUAAAGUCAGCUCCAAGUUACAACAGGGCGCUAGAAUACAUAGUUCUACAUGCAGGAUCUAAUGAUCUUGUAUAUAGGGCUGCAGAUGUGAAUUCAUGUGUUACGAAUUUAACAGCUGUAAUACAAGAAGUGAAGGAGGUCCACCCUGAGUCUUGUAUUGUCAUAUCAGGAGUUCCACAAGUGAAUACAAAAGAUCAAAAGAUAAACUCCAAAAUCAAUAAGUACAAUGAGAAAGUGAAAGAGAUUUGUGGCAAGACGGAUGGUCUGAUGUUCUGUGACAACAAUAAAGAACUUGUAAUCGAUAACAAGAUAAAUGUGAAAGACUACAAAACAAACGAUACAAAGGGAGUGCAUCUAACAACAAGAGGUGCAUUAAAGGUGGUUAGAAAUGUGAAAAGACAAAUUGAAAAGGCGAGGCAAAAUGAAGAGCUUAAUGGUGGUACACCAUAUAGAAAAAGACUUCGUAGUAAAGGUAGUACGCCAUCAUCUGCAGAAAAAAAUGCUAAACAAAUAAAAGCAUAG